GUUUCCAUUAACCAUGUGAUCCUUGAUAUUUUUUUUAAAUAAUUUUUGUUAAAUAAUUAAUUUUUUAAAAUAAAAUUAUGACAUUGUUGACUUAUACCAAUCGAUUAUUAUUCUAUAUUCAAUGUAGACAAUCACGUCAUUCUGUUGCUGAAUUUCGUAAACGAAAAAUAUUACUAAAUGAAUAUCGUAUCGAUAGAACAUCGAAUGAGAAUGAAAAUGUAUAUAAAAAACUUGAAUCACCAUUGAAUGAAUUGGUUCCUGUAACACCAAGAAAAACAUCCAUAACAAUCGAUGUACUUGAUAAAGAAACCUAUUCACAAUUAUCCGAAUGGCGUCAACAGAAUCUGGUUCGUCGUGCUCGACGAGUUUUACCGUUACCAAUUUCGUUGACAACUGAUGAUAAACUUGGUUAUAGAUGGAAACAACAAUAUAUAAAAUCAUUGAAAAAACGAAAUAUUUUAGCUUCAAGAAACCGUAAUUCUCAUGAAUUAGUCCCGGAUUUUGUUCGGUUGAUGAACGAUGCAAAUGAAGAAUUAUUAAAAGAAAAAUUUCCUGAAAUUUAUGAAAAAUUCAAAUCACUUUGUCAAACAAGUGAAGAUAAUUCUAAAGAACUAGUUAAUGUCGAUAAACCAGCAUAUUUUCCGUUUUCACAAACUUUGAAAUCCAAUGAAUCGUUGGAUUUGAAUGAAAAGCCUCAUUUGGAAGUGGGAUUUAAUGAUGAUGAAUAUGAGAAUUUUCUCAAACAUAAUGAACUUUUACAAUUUUUAGCUUCAAACAUAAAAUCCGGUCCAUUUUCAGAGUAUGAACCCGAAAUUCGAAAUUGGGCAUCACAACUUUGGCUACGAAAUUAUGGAAAUUCUGAUCCAUCAAUAGCACCCAGUAAAGUUCCAUGCAAUGGAUGUGGUGCCCAUCUACAUUGUACUUCACCGAAUAUUCCGGGCUUUAUGCCAGCGCAAAAAUUCACACUGUUCAAUGAAAAAGAACUUGAAUCUCAACGAUGUCAACGUUGUGAAUUUCUAACAAAAUAUAAUGUUUCAUUAAACGUGACCGUUUCUGAUGAAGAAUAUCCCAAUCUAAUUGCCAAGAUUAAUUCAAAUAAAUCAUUGGUUAUCAUUCUAGUCGAUUUACUUGAUUUUCCAUGUAGUGUAUGGCCUGGUAUUGUUAAUUUGAUUGGUGAAAAACAUUUAAUUUAUAUUGUGGGUAAUAAAGUCGAUCUAUUACCAAAAGAUGAUCGAUUUUAUUUGGAAAGAAUUAAAAAAUCAUUGAAAGAAUCACUGAAAUCUACACACAUUAAUCGUGAAGCUAAAAUUCGUGAUGUUAGUCUAAUAAGUGCUAAAAAUGGUUUUGGUGUCGAUAAUCUUGUUACGAAAUUAUUACGAGAUUUGAAAUCUGGCCAAGAUAUUUAUUUGAUUGGCUGUACGAAUGCCGGAAAAUCAACAUUAUUCAAUGUUUUAAUGCAAUCAGAUUUAUGUGCCUUAACUGAUGAUCAAGAUUUAAUGCAACGAGCAACAACAUCGAUAUGGCCUGGUACAACACUUAAUUUACUUAAAUUUCCAAUAAGAAAAAUGAAAGGUUGGGAAAUGCAAAUGCGAUUGAAUCGGCUAAAUAUACUGGAGAAACAAGAUAUUGCUGAAAAUAUUCUAACAAAAAAUCUACGUCGACAAUCACAAAUUCGUUAUGCACAUUUAGCCGAACGUAUUAAUACUGAUAUAUCAACAACAACACCAUUUUUAAUGGAGAAUAAUCAUCCUCUUAUACGAACGGUUCGGAAUCGAGGAAAAAGACCAUUCGAAUCAAAGAAAAAUGAUUUAUCGAAAUUGAAUUAUCUUAAUGAUACGCCUGGUGUUAUUUAUAAAGAUCAGUUAUUAAAUCUUUUAACAACUGAAGAAUUAUUGCGAACUAUACCACGCGAAGUGAUUACACCGCGUACAUAUACAUUACGACCUGGACAAACAUUGUUUAUCGGUGGUUUAGCUCGUAUCGAUUUAACAAAUGCUCGCCAAAAUGUUUGGCUAACCAUAUUUGCAUCAUCAUAUCUACCUAUCAAUAUUGUUUAUACUGAACAAGCAAAACAUUUCUAUGAAACACAUAUUGGUACAGAAUUUUUAGCUGUACCAUUAGGUGAUUAUGAAAGACUAAAAUAUUGGCCACGAUUAUCACCGAAAGAAAUCGAAUUAGAACUUUUGGGUUGGGAACAAAGUACAGCCGAUAUUGUAUUAUCAUCAGCCGGUUGGAUAUCUAUUACUGGUAAUAUCGAUACCAAAUGUAUAUUGAGAGCAUUUACACCGGAAGGACGUGGUAUUUACUUAAGACAACCACCGAUAUUACCAUAUGCAAUACGAUUAAGAGGUCGUCGAAUUCCAGGAACUCCUUGUUUCGAGAAUAAACUGUUUACGAUCGAUGAUUUUCAAAAUCAUCGUUAUUCAAAUCAAAAAUAUGAUAAAAAUUUCGAAACGACAUCGAUAUUCAUCGAGAAAGAUGAACAACGACCAGUUGGAAAACAUCGUCGCCAUGUCAAUAGGACAAUUAUUGCUGAUGAACGAUUGAAAAAUGCCCGCAAAUUCGUUGACGAAUGAAUAAUGCAGAUUCUAUUGAU